CAGGCUGGGGGUGGGGGGCGCUGCCGCAGGGACCCUGGGAGAGAAGCAGGCCUGUCCCUCCUGUCUUCAUCCCUGUCCUUUCUCCCCUUUCCUUCAGGGAGUUUCUCUCCCAUCCGGAAAUCUCUGCUUGGCUUUCUCUGUCUCUCCAUCUCCACUGGGCCUCUGUGCAGUGGCCUCUGAAACUCUGUCUGCAUUAGUCUCUUAUGGUGCUUUCUGGAUCUCUGACCUCCCGGUGUUUCUCUGUGGCCCAGUUUCCAUCUUUCGGGUCCUUACGGCGUCUCUGUGCCAUGUUCAUUUCUCCGGCACCCCCCCCCCAAUCCCAGGGCCUGGCAGGCCCCCCCCCACAAUGCACUGCCGGCCUCUGCGUCCCUGAGACCCUUUAACCUGUGAGGACGUCCAGGGUCACAGGUGAGGUUCUUGGGAGCCUGGCGUCCGGCCCAACCACCAGCCUGGGGCUUGCCAGCCCGACCCCCUGUCCCCUUGCUCCCUGAAAACCCCCACGGUGGGGGGGGAGCCUGACAUUGGAUUGGUGACUGAGACCUGACCUCUGACCCCUGCAUCUUGAGCCCCUCCCCCGCACCACAGUGACCUCACAAAAGUCACCAGCUUCUUCCCCAGGCCACGACCCUCCGCCAUGGCCUGGCUGGCCCCUUGGAGCGCCAUCCUGCCCUCCCUGGCGGCCCUCGCGGUCUUCGAUGCCUCAGCCUGGGCCUGUCUCCUCUGCUUCACGUCUUAUGAGGAGCGCCUCCAGAUUUGCCAGAUCUUCGCCGGCCUGGACAGCCCCGACCUCGGGAAGUGUGAGGAGGCCUUCGAAGACGCCUUUAAGGGGCUGCUGGACACGGAGAUCAACUACGAGGAGAGGGGCCAGCUGAAUGAUGCCUUCACCCAGAUGACCCACUCCCUGCAGGAGAUGGCCGCCGCCCAGGGGUCCUUUCGGGUUGCCUUUCUUCAUGCUGCGGAGAAAAUGCAGAAGAUUAUAUUACAGCUUAAGGAAGUGCAGGCCUGCAUUCCUCCCUGCGGGCUCCAGGAGGUCACCCGGCGUUUCCGCUGCCGCGGAUGCUACUCCAAGGUCUGCGAUCUCCCGCUUGACUGCCCAGUUCAGGACCUGACGGUGACUCGGGGUCGUCAGGCCAUGUUCUCUUGCACUGUGAACUUCCAGCUGCCUAAGGAAGAGAUCACCUAUUCCUGGAAGUUCGCAGGAGGUGUGAGUCGGGGCGGGACCAGCGUGAAGGGCUUUAGGAGGCGGAGAGAAUCUCUUUUGCGCUCGGGGCGGGGCUGGGAAGUGUUGCGGUGGGUGCCGCAGGAGGCGGAGACGAUCGAACCCUGGAGGCCCAGCCUGGGCGAGCUGCUGGCCACACCAGGGGCUUUGACGCCGGGCAAUCAGUGCCUGCUCGCAGCCCUUGUGGCCUUAGCAUCAGCCAGUGUGACCGUGCUGGCGUGGAUGUUUUUUCGAUGGUACUGCAGCGGCAACUAACAAAGGUAUCUCUUCAUACCCUAUUUUCAUCCUUAAAAUAAAGAGUCUAUCUUGGCUCUCUAGAUUA